UGACGGAGACGUGAGGUACCCACACACUGGAGGGAGGGAUCACAAGUGAAGCAUGGCCGGGGACAGCGAGCAGGCUCUGCCGGAGCACACGCCAAACAACGGGCAGCCGUUCCUGAUCGGAGUGAGCGGCGGCACCGCCAGCGGCAAAUCAUCUGUAUGUUCCAAGAUUGUGCAGCUCCUGGGGCAGAAUGAGGUGGAUCAUCAUCAGAAGCAGGUGGUUAUGAUAAGUCAGGACAGCUUUUAUUGCAUAUUGACUCAAGAGCAGAAGACCAAAGCUCUCAAAGGCCAAUUCAACUUUGAUCACCCAGAUGCCUUUGACAAUGAACUAAUCUUGAAGACUCUCCGAGAGCUCAUGGAAGGGAAAACUGUGCAGAUCCCAGUUUAUGACUUUGUCACCCACUCCAGGAAAGAGGAGUCUGUAACUGUUUAUCCAGCAGACGUAAUACUGUUUGAGGGUAUUCUGGCAUUUUAUGUUCAAGACAUCAGGGACAUGUUCCAGAUGAAAUUAUUUGUGGAUACGGAUGCAGACACAAGACUGUCAAGAAGAGUGCUGAGGGACAUCAAUGAACGAGGGCGGGAUUUAGAGCAGGUUCUUUCCCAAUACAUAAAAUUUGUAAAGCCAGCCUUUGAAGAAUUCUGCCUACCUACGAAGAAGUAUGCUGAUGUGAUCAUUCCCAGAGGUGCUGACAACCUUGUUGCAAUCAACCUGAUUGUUCAGCACAUCCAGGAUAUUUUAACUGGUGGUUUAACAAAGCGGCAAACCAAUGGUUAUACGAACGGUUACAGCAGCCAUCGGAGUAGGCAUUCCUCAGAGUCCAGCAGCAGCCGACCUCACUAACGUGCCCAGUGAAAAUGUAACCUGUGUACAAGAUUCUUGCAGCUGUACCAUGGAGAGACAAGAAUCCAGGCUUUAUUUGGAGCGAAAUAAUUUCUUACAGCAUAUUUACAUGCUGACAAGUGCUCAACAAAAGAAGUGUUACUUGACUACUGCAACUAGAACCAAACCUGCUGGAAUUUGCUCAUGUCUGUGCGGCAGAUGGAAAUUGGUGGUUUGGUAUGCUCAUGGUUUGUUGUAGGUGUUUUUUUUUUGUUGUUUUUUUUUUGUAACUGAACUAAGGGAAUGUUAUGGUGGCUAUGGUUAUCAAAACUUGAACACUCACGUUAACUACUGUAAAUUCAUACAUCUCCAUGGAAUCCAGUUGUUUUGUAUUUUGUCUCAAUGUGGUUUCUGUACUAUCCAGUUAUUUGCCACAAAUGUAUUCUUUAAAGGUUUGGCAUUCUAAGUGUUUAAUGAGAAGACAUGGUGAGCAUGCAUGGGUUAUACCUUGUAUUUUAUUUGGUUUGUUUCAGCCUACUAUGUAAUAUAAUGGGUGUGUCUAAACUUGGCAGACCAAAACUCUUGCACUUCUGAAAUGCAAGUGGUGUGGUAAAUUACAUUUUCAUUGUUUUUGAAGCUGGCAACUAUUUGUUGGAUUUACUUUCUUUCCUGUGAUAUUGCUUAUAUUUUUGUUUGAUCUUUACAGACAUCCCACCCUUUUGUGGAUCAACUUAUUAUAUGAUCUGCUAUUCGGGUGCCACAAAUAUAAAAAUUACAAAUCUAAAAAAAUAAAAAUUGAACUUUGAA